GGUUUGGGGUUUGGGUUUGGAGGGGUUUUCUUGUCAAACAAACCAGAAAUUGGAAAAGUUGACGAAAUUCUGGGGCCUAUUAAUGAAAUGUAUUUUUCCGUCAAGCUGAAUGAAGGCAUAAAGGCUUCCUCCAUUAAACCCGCGACGAAGGAAACGCCAGGGGCCGCGGCGGCAGAGGCGGCAGCAGCAGAGGGGCCCGAGGGGGUUUUCGAGGAGGGUUUAGAGGGGCCCCCAGAGGGGGUGGCGGCGGCUUCAGGGGCGGAAGAGGAAGAGGGCGUUAGCGAGCUGCAGCAGCAGCAGCAGCAGCAGCAGCGGCAGCAGCAGCAGCAGCAGCAGCGGCAGCAGCAGCACUUGCCUUUGCUGCAGCAGUUACUGCACGAUUCCCUAGAGCGGCAGCAGCAGCAGCAGCAGCAGCAACUGCAGCUGCAACAGAAACAGCUGCUGCGGCGUCAGUUGCUGCAGCUGGUUUGGGGCUGUCUUUUCUUGCAUGCAGCCCCAAAAUGCAUUUCUUGUUUUUGUCUUUGUGGGGCCCUUCGCCUUGAGGCCGCAGACAGCAGCAAAUGGGAAUUAUCCAGCUAG